AACUUCUAUUGAAUCUCACAACAUGGAUACUUCCAAGUUGGUUGUAACUAUACCAUCCGAUUUACAACUCACCGACGAUGAGAGAUCAGUGCUUUCUAAGGGAUUAUCGUUUGUACCUCAACGCCCUAAGAUUGAUGAUUUUCAGGCACUCAAAGACCUUGAACAAUUCUAUCGUAAGCUUAAACUGAAAGCAAAUUUCCACAAUCAACCUCUGACUUCUACUGACUCGGAUGAUGGAUUCUCUAAUCUUCGACGCAAUCACUCUGAAUGGACUCCUCCAACAGGAAGGUUCCCUGCACUUGAUUUGUACAUCAACAAAUGCCGCCAUGACAUUAACAAGAAUGUUCUCAAACAACGCUCCCGAUCGGAAUCAAUAUCUGUUGGUGAGAAGAAAGCUCUGUCUAAUCUUCGAAACAACUCCGAUUUGAUCAUCAAACCUGCCGAUAAGGGUGGUGCUACUGUUGUCUGGCGCAAGGACUUGUACAUAUGUGAAGGUAAUCGUCAACUUUCUGAUAGGAACACUUACAUUUCUGUACCAUUCGAUCACAAAGAUAACUCUCCUGGUCGUCCUAUUGUCUCAACUUGCAACUGUCCUACAGUCAUCAUCAGUGAAUACUUGGAUAGCGUGCUCUCCCCUAUCGUCAAGAAACUUCCUACCUACAUUAAUGAUACUAACGAUGCUAUUCGCACAUUCAAGGGAUUUGAAUUUACCGGCCGCCAUAAGUACGUCUUCACUAUGGAUAUUACUUCACUGUAUACAUCUAUACCUAUUGCUGAUGGACUCACCGCUGUUCGACACUUCCUGGACCAUGACAACCAUACCUCUUGCUCCACCUCCACCAUAAUCCGACUUGCAGAACUCGUCCUGAAAACCACAUCGUUUGAAUUCAAUG